AUGACGUCCGGCCCCAUACGCGGUGACGUUGUGUGCAGGGACGCGCUGACGCAGCGACGUGGCCCCGCCCCCUCCUGCUCCUCCCGCCGCCGCCAUCUUGCCCACCGGCGGGUGCACACGGGAGAACGCCCCUUCGACUGCUCGGACUGCAGCAAGAGUUUCAAGACGGCGAGUGAACUGGAGACCCACCGGCGGGUGCACACGGGCGAGAAGCCCCAUGGCUGCUCCACCUGCGGCCAGAGCUUUGCCUUCUUGUCGGGGCUGCGGGCUCACGGGCCGGUGCACAGCAGUGAGCGGCCCUUCACCUGCCCCGACUGCGGCAAAAGCUUCAAGUUGUCCGCGGACGUGAAGGUGCACAGGCGCGUGCACACCGGCGAGCGCCCCUACACCUGUAGCUACUGCGGCAAGGGCUUCACCCGGUACAGCGGCCUGCAGAAUCACCAGCGCACCCACACCGGCGAGCGCCCCUACACCUGCGCCCAGUGCGGCAAGGGCUUCACCACCUCCACCAGGCUGCUGAUACACCAGCGCUCCCACACCGGCGAGCGCCCCUACACCUGCGCCCAGUGCGGCAAGGGCUUCACCCAGUCCAGCAGCCUGCUGGUUCACCAGCGCAGCACCCACACCGGCGAGCGCCCCUACACCUGCGCCCAGUGCGGCAAGGGCUUCACCAACUCCACCAGGCUGAUGAUACACCAGCGCAUUCACACCGGUGAACGCCCAUACACCUGCGCCCAGGGCGGCAAGGGCUUCACCCAGUCCAACAGCCUGCUGGUUCACCAGCGCAGCACCCACACCGGCGAGCGCCCCUUCACCUGUGCCCAGUGCGGCAAGGGCUUCACCAACUCCAGCAGCCUGCUGGUUCACCAGCGCAGCACCCACACCGGCGAGCGCCCCUACACCUGCGCCCAGUGCGGCAAGGGCUUCACCCAGUCCUCCAUUCUGCAGAAUCACCAGAGCACCCACACUGGCGAGCACCCUUACACCUGUGCCCAGUGCGGCAAGGGCUUCAUCUGCUCCUCCAACCUGCAGAAGCACCAGCGCACCCACACCGGUGAGCGCCCCUACACCUGCGCCCAGUGCGGCAAUGGCUUCACCACCUCUACCAGGCUGCUGAUACACCUGCGCUCCCACACCGGUGAGCGCCCAUACACCUGCGCCCAGUGCGGCAAGGGCUUCACCCAGUCGAACAGCCUGCUGGAUCACCAGCGCAGCAACCACACCGGCGAGCGCCCCUUCACCUGCGCCAAGUGCGGCAAGGGCUUCAUCCGAUAUGGCUAUCUGCAGAAGCACCAGCUUACCCACACCGGCGAGCGCCCCUACACCUGCGCCGAGUGUGGCAAGGGCUUCACCUGCUCCACCACGCUGCUGGUGCACCAGCGCACCCACACCGGCGAACGCCCCUACACCUGCGCCCAGUGCGGCAAGGGCUUCACCCAGUCCUCCAACCUGCAGAGGCACCAGCGCACCCACACCGGCGAGCGCCCCUUCACCUGUGCCCAGUGCGGCAAGGGCUUCAUCCGCUCCACCAGGCUGCUGUCCCACCAGCGGGUUCACACCGGUGACAAGAGACCGUUUGUGUGCGCUGAGUGUGGCAAGGGUUUCACUCGCAUGUCCAACCUGUGGCAGCAAUAUCGUACCCACAGCGGUGAGCGUCCCUUCCCCGGCCUGUCCUGUGGUAAGGGCUACACCCGCCUUGACCACCUGCUGGAGCACCGGCGAAUCCACACCGGCCAGCGCCCCUUCACCUGCCCGCUCUGCACUUCAUUGAAAAUGGGAGUGAAGCCCAGGGAGGUGGCGGCCAUCUUUGUUAAAGGCACUUACCCAUUGAAGUCAUUGAGGGGGGAUGAGUGUGGCAAGAGCUUCAAGACGGCGAGUGACCUGAAGGCCCACCGGCGGUUGCACACGGCAGAACGCCCCUUCGACUGCUCGGACUGCGGCAAGAGUUUCAAGACGGCGGAUGGACUGAAGAUCCACUGGCGGGUGCACAAAAGCGAGAAGGACUAUGGCUGCACCACAUGUGGCAAGAACUUUGUCUUGUUGUCUGGGCUACGGCAGCACCGGCAGUUGCACACGGGUGAGAAGCCCCAUGUCUGCUCCACCUGCGGCAAGAGCUUUGCCUGGAUGUCGGGACUGCGGGCUCACGGGCCGGUGCACAGCAGUGAGCGGCCCUUCCCCUGCCCCGACUGCGGCAAAAGCUUCAAGUUGUCCGCGGACCUGAAGGUGCACAGCAACUUCCAAUGUGCAUUGAAUUCAUCAAAUAAGUGGCUCCAGUUUGUGGACAACACUCCCACCGUGUGGUGA